AUGCAGAUGAUACAUAAGUCGUAUUUCAAGGCAGAAUAUUUCAGGGUGUUGCGAGUCUUGCAGAGGAACCUCAUUGGUAGUACAGAGGAUUGGUGCGCUAGGCCAUGGCGCUGGUAUAUCAUAAACCUUGAGGUCUCCUGGAGCAGAAAUAAUUAUGGCAUAAAAGUGUAUGCAUCAUUCUUGAUGAUCGAUGAAAUUUUGAAGUCCACUUCGAAGCUCAGCAGAGCGCUGGGGCGUCUGGGGCUAUACUGA